UGCCAAACAGCCCUAGGGUUUGCUUUUAAUCUUCUAUUGUUCGUACUUGCUGUUCGGCUUCCUUGCUUCGCAGGAGGUGUAGAGAUUGCACUAGUCGCUUCUUCGGCUCCUUCGUUGCUGUUCGACUUCGCUCCUUCGACGACGUUCCCUUCCUGUCGGAUCGGACGUUACAACAUUUUGAUCUGAAGCAACGACGGGAGCUCGCUCGCUCGCUGUGAAGGUUCCCUUUCCCGCGCUUCUUCGGCCAAAUUUCGUAAAUCCGCUCUUCCUCAGUAAGUGUAAGUUGCGUUAAAUCCGAGUAGAAACGGGAUUUGGAUUUACAAGGAUUUGCCGGAUUUACAGCGCCCCGAUUUGAGUUUGGCUGGAUUUACCGUAAAUCCUACUUAAAACGGCGAAUAAAUCCGAUACCAAACACCCUCAAGAAUUUCUUCUCCUCCUUCGACGACGUCGGAUCGGAAACCACGACUAGAGGCCUUCCUCCGACACUCUUUGAUCACUGCUAUCGACAUCUUAUUUUUCUUCGUCGGGAGCCGCCACUUUACCCAACGCUACUUUGCUCGAUGGAGAAUAACAACUGGCGGCCUGCCCAGGGCGAGACUCCCUCCAUGGAAGUCUCUUCCUCCGACUGGAGGUCCCAACUCCAACCUGAAGCGAGACAAAGGAUCGUUAAUAAGAUAAUGGACACUCUAAGGAGGCAUCUUCCUGUGGCUGCUCCUGAGGGGAUGACUGAACUCAAGAAAAUUGCAGUACGAUUUGAAGAAAAGAUUUAUGCUGCUGCUGUCAAUCAGUCAGAUUAUCUAAGAAAGAUUUCAUUAAAAAUGCUCUCUAUGGAAACAAAGACCCAACAAAACGCUCCAAUGAACCCUCAGCCUGGCGUUAACCAAAAUUCUACAGACACAGGAUCGCUAGCCAUUCCACCACAUGUGAACAGUCAAGGACAACCACUGCCACAGAUUCCUCUAGUGGGUCCACCUUCAGGAAGGCAGCAGCUUUUACCUCAAAACCUGCAAAAUAACACUCCUGCUUCCAUGCAAGGUUCUUCUAGUCUUUCUGCAGCACCUUCUAUUACGGGGCUUUCUCAGUCAACCAUAACAAACUUUGGUCAUACAUCUAAUAUGCAAAACAUGCCAGGGAUCUCACACAGUUCUGUAAAUAAUUCUUUAGCACAGGGAACAACAGCAGAUAUUUAUGCCAAUGCGCCGAGGCAUAUGCAAGGAAGGCAGCAGCAACAAUCACAAAAUCCACUUAUAUACCAAAAUUCGCUUCAACCGCAAUUAAUGAAGAAGAUACACAAUAAUGCAGUUCUGCAACGAUCUAUGCAGCAGCAACAACAACAACAAUCUUUGUUGCAAACAAAUCAACUGCAAACUUCUCAGCAGUCCACAAUGCAAAUGCCAUCUGGUCUAACAUCUGGCCAGUCCUCUAUUCAGCAGCCACCAGCGACAUCCAUUCAAUCUGCUUCCCAGCCGGACCUUCAACAGAAUCAGCUGAACGCAAUUCAACAAUCGGUAUCACCCUUACUCCCACAACAUGUGCAAGCGUUUUCUAGACAAUCACAGCAACCACAGUCUUCUCUUCACCAGCAAACAAAUUUGCAAACCCAGCAGCAGCAGCAGCAGCAACAACAGUUGAUAGGACAACAAGCAAACAUGUCAAACAUUCAACAAAAUCAAUUACUUGGUCAGCAAAACAGUAUAGUUGACAUAAAGCAGCAACAACAAAGAUUGCCCGUCCAGCAAAAUAAUCUUAUCAACAUGCAGCAGUCUCAACAGUUACUCAAUCAGCAAUCAUUGUCUUUGCAUCAGCAGCAGUUAGGUCAGCAAACUAACAUGCAGGGUCUCCAGCAGCAGCAACAACCGCAAUCCCAGCAGCAACAACAGUUACUUGGUUCAGUACAGAACAUUUCGAAUAUGCAGUCACAUCAACGUUCAAUGCAGCUUCUUCAACAGUCUAAAAAUAUGUCACAGGCACAACAGCAGUUGCAGCAACCUUCUAUCUCACUGUUGCAACCACAAGGUCAACAAACACUUCAUCUGUCAUCACAGCAGCACUUGAUGCCACAAUUUCAGCCUCAAGGACAAUUGCAGCAGCCAUUGGCAAUGCAACAACAAUCAAAUGGUGGCAUGCAAAGGGAGAUACAGCAAAGGAUUUCUUCAGGCACAUUGCUUCAGCCUCAGAGUGCACUGGAGCAGCAGAAGCAAUUCAUGCAGUCACAAAGGGGGAUUCCUGAAGUCUCAUCCAGCACAUCAAUGGAUUCAACAGCUCAGACUGGACAUAAUGGUGCAGAUUGGCAAGAAGAGGUUUAUCAAAAAAUACAAGUCAUGAAAGAGGAACAUUUAGCAGAGCUGCAGGAAUUCCAUCUGAAGAUCUCCCAGAGAUAUCAGCAGAGUGAGAUGAUGCCUCAAGCAAAGCAAUCUGGAAAUUUUGAGAAAUUGAAAAGCUUCAAAGUGUUCCUGGAACGCGUGCUAGCUUUCCUUCAGAUUUCUAAGAAUAGUAUUACAAUUGGCUUGAAAGAAAAACUUCCUACUUAUGAGAAACAAAUACUUGGCUUGUUAAAUGCAAACAAUAAGCAAAAAAUAAUGCCUUCACAGCUGCAAGGCCAGCAGCAGCUCCAUCAUCCUGGUGGACUUGCUCAAAGUACUACCCAGCAUCAACCAUCUCAAGUUCUACAGGUUCAACAACAUGAAAAUCUUGGAAAUCAAGUGCACCAAAUGAAUAUGACUGGUUCUAUCACAAGUAUGCAGUCGGCAGUAACCUCCAGUAUGCAACAUGGAUCCAUGACAUUACCGAGUUUAGUUGCUCCAUUAACCCAACAAAAUGCUACAAAUUCAGCCCAAUCUGCCCCUGAUUUGGAUCCAGUCCAAGUGAACUCUUUUGGCUCACUGCAACAAGGUACGAUGGGCUCACUACAACAGAGUGCUGUUGGGCCUUUGCCGAAUUCAGUUAGUGCUUCCCAACAAACAAACCUUAACAAUCUGUCACAAAGCUCCCUGAAUUCAUUGCAACCUAAUGGGACCUCAGUGCAAAAUUCUAAUGUUCUGCAGCAGCAACAUCUUAAGCAACAACAGCAGGAACAUUUAUUGCAAAAUCAGCAACAAUUAAAGCAGCAACUGCAGCAACACCAAAUGCAGCAACAAUUACUUCAGCAGCAACAAAGACUGCAGCAGCCGCUGCAGCAACAGGUGCAUCAGCAACAAAAGCAGCAGCAACCUUCACAAUUGCCUGUGCACCAGAUGUCACAACUUCAUCCUAUUAAUGAACUAAAUGAACUGAAGGCCAGGCAAGGAUCUAGCAUUAAACCAGGAAUAUACCAACAGACCUUUACAGGAGUCCAGCGCCCUAACUACUAUCCUCAUCAACUUAAACCUGGUGCUUCCUUUCCAAUUUCAUCUCCCCAAAGUCUGCAGGCAUCAUCCCCUCAGAUUUCUCACCAUUCUUCACCUCAAAUAGAGCAUGCUUUGUUACCAACCCAUGCAAAACCUGGUACACCUAUGCAAUCAACAGGGUCACCCUUUGUUGUGCCUUCUCCUUCUCCUUCCACUCCCAUUGCCCCGUCUCCCACACCAGGUGACUCUGAGAAGCUAUUAUCUGCUGCCGUAUCACUUCCAACUACAAGACAAACUACCAAUCAGCAAGCUGCUAGCGCGCCACUUCAAUCUCAGUCAAUUUCAGUUGCCACGCCUGGAAUAUCAGCCUCCCCUUUACUAGCAGAAUUUCCGAGUCAGGAAGGCAACCUCACUAAUGCAACAUCAAGAGUCGGUGCUUCUGAGAGACCAUUGGAACGCUUAAUUAAGGCGGUGCAAUCAAUGUCUCCAACUGCCCUUAGCUCUGCUGUUAGUGAUAUUAGUUCUGUUGUUAGUAUGAUUGACCGGAUUGCUGGUUCAGCACCUGGCAAUGGCUCAAGAACUGCUGUUGGUGAAGAUUUGGUUGCAAUGACCAAGUGUCGUCUGCAAGCAAGGAACUUUAUGUCGCAAGAUGGAAGCACCACCACGAAGAAAAUGAAGCGGCAUACAAGUGCCAUGCCAUUAAAUAAUGUUUCAUCAGCAGGCAGUGUAAAUGAUAACUUUAUGAAAUUUGGUAGUCUUGAUUCCCCUGAAUUGGAAUCCACGGCAACUUCUCAUGUCAAAAGGAGGAAACUUGAGGUCAACCAUGCUUUGCAGGAGGAGAUCAGGGAGAUAAACCAGCAGCUUAUUGACACAGUGGUUAGUAUAUGCGAUGAAAAUUCCGAUUCUGCUGCUGCUGCUGCUGCUGCAUCCGAAGGUGUUGGAGAGGGGACGAUCAUUGAAUGUUCCUUCAAUGGUGUCGCUUUCAGUCCUAGUUUAAAAGCUCAUUUUGCUUCAAUGCAUAUGUGCCCGAUAGCUCCUUUGAGAUUGCUGGUUCCUUCCAAUUAUCCAAAAUGCUCUCCUCUACUUCUUGACAAACUUCCAAUUGAAUCUAGCAAGGAAUUUGAAGAUCUAUCUAUCAAAGCAAAGUCAAGGUUCAGCAUCUCACUUCGAGGCCUUUCACAGCCUAUGUCGCUGGGAGAAAUGGCCGGAACUUGGGAUGCUUGUGCGCGGAAGGUGAUUGUGGAAUAUGUUCAAAAGACUGGAGGGGGUAGCUUCAGCUCAACCUAUGGUGCCUGGGUAAACUGUGUUGGUGCUAUAAAAAGAAAUCCGGAUGAUUAUCUAUGUCUGAUAUCCGCACCUAAUAAUAUGUCCUUGUUGGGAGUCUUAAAGAAUUGUUUCGGAGGUGGUCGUGGCCUUCGCCGCCGCCUCCACCCAUCACCUCUCCAUGCAAUCCUCCUCCUCUCUCCCCUCUUGCUCCUCAAUACCUGCCUACCUUCCAAUACGCCUCUCCAUCCCAUCGCCAUGGCCGCCGCCUCCGCCCUUAUCAAGUUCAAAUUCCCCUUCCGUUUCCUCCUUCUCCGCCGCUUCUCCGAAUCACCGGCGGAGCCUGUGACAAUGGAGACGUCCCUCCCCUUCUCAGCCCACAAGUGCGACCCGCCUCCACGUUCCGUCACCACAUCCCCCAGCGAGCUCCUGUCAUUCUUCCGGAAUAUGACAGUUAUGCGGCGCAUGGAGCUUGCAGCCGACUCCCUCUACAAGGCUAAGCUCGUCCGUGGCUUCUGCCACCUCUACGACGGCCAAGAGGCUGUCGCCGUCGGCAUGGAGGCUGCCAUCACUCGCCGAGACGCUAUCAUCACAGCCUACCGCGACCACUGCAUCUAUGUCGCCCGCGGUGGCAGCCCAUUUGAGGUCUUUGCCGAGCUCAUGGGCCGCCGUGCCGGAUGCUCUAAGGGAAAGGGCGGAUCCAUGCACCUCUACAAGAAGGAUGCCUCAUUUUACGGUGGCCAUGGAAUUGUUGGAGCCCAUGCACCCCUCGGCUGCGGAAUCGCUCUAGGGCAGAAGUAUUCAAAAGAAGGGACUGUAACUUUUAUGAUUUAUGGCGAUGGCGCCGCCAACCAGGGCCAGCUCUACGAGUCGCUCAACAUGGCGGCGCUCUGGGAUCUGCCGGUUGUUCUGGUCUGCGAGAACAAUCACUAUGGAAUGGGAACGGCGGAGUGGAGGGCGUCGAAGAACCCAGCUUAUUAUAAGCGUGCAGACUAUGUUCCUGGUCUCAAGGUUGAUGGAAUGGAUGUUCUGGCCGUAAAACAAGCUUGCAAAUUUGCCAAAGAACAUGUUCUACAGAAUGGCCCGAUUGUUUUAGAAAUGGAUACAUAUAGAUAUCAUGGGCAUUCCAUGUCUGAUCCUGGAAGCACUUACCGUACCCGCGAUGAGAUCACUGGUGUGAGACAGGAUCGCGAUCCAAUCGAAAGAGUCAGAAAGCUGAUAUUAUCACUAGAGCUAGCCUCUCCUUCUGAGCUGAAGGACAUAGAGAAGGAAGUCAGAAAGGAAACGGAUGAGGCCAUUGCCAAAGCCAAGGAGAGCCCCAUGCCUGAUCCUUCUGAGCUGUUCACGAACGUUUAUGUUCAGAGCUAUGGAGCAGAGGCAUUUGGCCCUGACAGGAAGGAAGUGAAAGCAGAUCUUCCAUGAAUUGAAUCUGGGUUUUGUGGAGAGAAAUAAAGACGGUAUUGUUAGCUGCUUUUGUUCGUUGGGAUCUUCUAUAAAAUGCCAAGAAACUGAGUGUUGCAGAAUGUGAACUGAAAGAAAUCAAUUUUAAACAGUACUCUUGCAAA